AUGGCACACGUACGUAAACGCCAGUUCCAACCAUCGAACCAGUCUUCGAUCAAGUCCUUCUUCUCUCCAGUCGGCGCAUCAUCUCCCUCAUCCUCUGCCGAAGUCGACGAAUAUGCCCAGACGCUGAAGCCCGCGCUGCCCGACCAUGUGCAGUCGCUCCUCAUCAACGUCGGCAUGCGCGUUCGCAAGUCGGUGCCUGAAGGAUACAAGACCCACAAGAGUCUCCCAGUCCCGACCAUCUCAUACAUGCACCCUGCCAGCAUCUCGGCCAACUCGGAGAACGAGCUACCCGCCAGCAGCGCCCCUGAACUCUACACCAAGCCUUCUGAGUUGACGCCCUUCUGCGGUCUGCACAAGAUUGGCGGCUUCAGCUCACAACCCACAUCAUCUGCUCCUGGCCUGUCCUACACGCAAUCUUCUAUGGCAUCCUCAAUCGACAUGCCGCAAACGCCAAAGACAAACACACGCAAGAGAAGCUACGCAGACGAGAUCGACGAGGAUCUCGACACCUUCUUCGACAACAACGACGAGCAGGAGCAGAACGACUCGAUGCUAGACGACACGCUCUCACCCAAGACGAAAUACCCCCUCAGCCACUCUUCAAUGCCCAAGCUCAGUGCUCAGAACGGCAUCGUCAGCUCUCAGGGCAGACCCAAGGCUCGCAUGAAGACUCGCUCGCCCCACAAGCUUGUCGAAGACUUUGCAGACGAGGAUGUCGGAUUCCUCCAGCCCAUGGAGUGCGAUUGA